AUACAUUGUUGGGCUGGCAUCAGUUCACUACAUAGCCAAAAUUAAAAAAAAAGAAGAAAUAAGGACAAAAUAAAAGAAGAUUGAUUCAUGGAUUAAUUUCCGCAUCAGACGGUAGCAACUAUAAUCAACUACCCGACUGCAUCGCAGGUUCGCAAUAUUAAAGAAAGAGUAAAAAGCAGUAACUCACCACUGGUAGUGCUGCUGGAUGAGUUGAGAGAGAGAGAGAUGAGUGGCGGGAGAACAGUGAAAUGGAGUUUGGUGAUUCUUGCUGUGGUGUUAUCGCUCUGCGUUUGUGGGCCAGCUCUCUUUUUUAAAGUGAAGAAGGGUUUCAACUCCAAGGGGAUUUCUGCUUCUUGCGCUGAAUGCAUUUGCCAUUGCUCCCCACCUCAAUCGCUCUCACAGAUUUCUCCUGGCUUGGCUCACCUCAUUGUUAAAGAUUGUGGAAGAGAUGAUCCUGAUCUCAAGGAAGAGAUGGAGAAGCAAUAUGUGGACUUAUUAUCCGAGGAGCUAAGAUUGCAUGACGCUGUAGGCAAACAACAAUCGCAACACAUGAACAUCACUUUGAGGGAAGCAAGGAAGUCGGCUUCUGAAUAUCGCAAGGAAGCUGAGAAAUGCAAUGUUGCCACAGAAACCUGUGAGGGAGCACGCGAACGAGCUGCCCUGCUACUUACUCGGGAGAAGAAGAUAACAGCUUUGUGGGAACGAAGAGCUAAACUUCUUGGUUGGGAAUAACUGUAGCAAUGAUGCUCUGUAAUGAAUUGUUUAGGUAUUGUACAAUGUUUUAAAGUUUGCAGAAAUCUCAAAAUUCUGCUGCAGCUAA